UGAAGACAUUGUUCAUGUUCACGUUUUCUUCACUUCAGAAGACAAAGAAAAGUGAACACAUUUUCAUGUAAACGUUUUCUUCACUUCAAAACACGAAGAAAAUUCAAUACAUAGGCAACGACCAAAGACUUAAAAUAUUCGUUUGCCUGGCUCCUUUAAAUACCUUAAGUUUAGGGUUAAUGGCUUCAAUCCUGAACUGAAUAGCUAUGGCAUCCCAUUUUUUCACUUCUAUAGCAAUAUUAUUUUUACUGUCUAUAAAUGUUAAGAGCAACGAAAUUUUGGAUUUGAAGCCUCUUCAGGCAGCAGAGGCAAAAACCUUGAUGGAGACUGGGUGGUGGAGUAACGAUCGCAAAAUAGAUGCUGACCAUUGUAGAUGGCCUGGCGUCAGAUGCGACGCAGUUGGAAGUGUCACCCAGAUCGAUCUCAGCAGCCAUGGUCUCAAUGGGAGUAUACCACCUCAGAUAGGUGCCCUUUCAAAACUCAGUUAUCUCAACCUGUCCAUGAAUGAUCUUAGAGGUGAGUUACCUCCUUCAUUUAGAAACCUCACCCAGUUAUUGGUGCUUGACAUUUCUUAUAAUGAGAUUGAUACCAUUUCCCUGGCAAUAGAAAACAUCAAGAAUCUUGUUUCACUAAAUUUGACUAAGAACCUCGUCGUGCAUAUGCCUUCAGCUAUAGGUUUUUUGAGCAAUCUCACCCACUUGAAUAUGGACUUCGAUCCAUUACAGAGCAUCCCCCACGAAGUAUGGAACCUGGAAAGGUUGAUGACUCUCAACCUCAGUCACUGCGUGCUCAGUGGCCCUAUCCCACUAAGUAUUGCCAAGCUAAAGAGUUUGGUUACUCUUGAUCUUUCAAGCAACAUGUUUGUUGGUCCAAUCCCUUCUUCUGUUAGCAAUUUAACCAAUCUGACAAUGUUGUACCUUCAAAAUAACCAACUCAAUGGAUCCAUUCCAAAAGAAAUAGGAAGACUAACCAAGUUGGUUACUCUAGAUCUCUCCUCCAAUAUGCUUUUGGGUCUCAUCCCUUCUUCUGUUAGCAAUUUAACCGACCUGACAAUGUUGUACCUUCAAAAUAACCAACUCGAUGGAUCCAUUCCAAAGGAAAUAGGGAGACUAACCAAUUUGGUUACUCUAGAUCUCUCCUCCAAUAUGCUUUUGGGUCUCAUCCCGUCUUCUGUUAGCAAUUUAACCAACCUGACAAUGUUGUACCUUCAAAAUAACCAACUCAAUGGAUCCAUUCCAAAAGAAAUAGGGAGACUAACCAAUUUGGUUACUCUAGAUCUCUCCUCCAAUAUGCUUUUGGGUCUCAUCCCGUCUUCUGUUAGCAAUUUAACCAACCUGACAAUGUUGUACCUUCAAAAUAACCAACUCAAUGGAUUCAUUCCAACAGAAAUAGGGAGACUAACCAAUUUGGUUACUCUAGAUCUCUCCUUCAAUAUGCUUUUGGGUCCCAUCCCUUUCUAUUUGUGUCAAUUAACGAAAUUGGUAUCACUCAGCCUCUGGUCAAAUCAAAUUAAUGGUUUUAUCCCUCGUGAGAUUGGAAAUAUGAAGAAUCUCAGUUUUCUUUCGUUGGGUUUAAACAAAAUUCAUGGUCCACUCCCUCCUAAUUUGGGCAAUUUAUCCAACUUGAAAUAUUUGGGCCUUUAUGGAAAUCAAAUAAAUGGUUCAAUCCCUUCAGAAAUAACAAAUCUUAAUAACUUGGCAUACUUGGAUCUCGGUGCCAAUAAUUUCAGGGGUCAAAUCCCUCCAUUUCUAGUUCUGUUAUCCAGUUUGACUACUUUGUUCCUAGAUUCCAAUCUUUUUGAGGGUUUCAUCCCAACAGAUAUUGGAAAAUUAAAGAAUCUAACUGUAUUAUACCUCUCUCAGAACAAACUCACAGGUUCGAUCCCUCCAUCGCUGUGUCAUUUAACCAAUUUGAUCCGUCUAUUCCUUUCUUCAAAUCUGUUGAACGGUUCCAUACCCCAUGGAAUUGGAAUUUUGGAAGCUUUGAAGUUCUUGGAUCUCUCCCAAAACAGAUUGAGUGGACCUAUUCCAACUCAAAUCGUUAAAUGCUUAAAUUUAAAAGACUUGAAUUUAGCAAACAAUAAUUUGAGUGGAAGGGUUCCGAACUUCGCAUUUGAUACGGUGAAACUCAAUUUAUCAUUUAACUCAUUGAUGGGUCCAAUUCCAAGUGUGUUGUUGCAUCUUCCACCAGAGUCAUUUACAGGCAAUAAGGAUUUAUGUGGUGCCAUUACAGGCUUCCCACCUUGCCCUUCAUCUUCAUCUCCAACUGUAAAAAGGAAAAGAAACAGCAAAGUGGUGCACAAUCUAAAAAUCAUUAUUGUCGUUCCAACUUUAUUUCUUGUCUCAACUUUGGCAUUGGUGAUGGUGGCCAUUUUCCGACAUAGAGCUAAAAGUUGCAAACCUGAUCAAAGUGUGACAAAAAAUGGAGAUAUAUUCUCGGUGUGGAACUAUGAUGGAAGAAUUGCGUAUGAAGACAUCAUUAAAUCAACCGAGGAUUUUGACAUCAAAUAUUGCAUUGGAACUGGAGGCUAUGGCAGUGUAUACAAAGCAUGUUUACCUAGUGGCAGAGUGGUUGCAUUGAAAAAGCUUCACGGUUUUGAAGCCGAGAAUCCAGCAUUCAGCAUGAGCUUUAGAAAUGAGGUGAAGUUGCUGACAGAAAUACGACAUAGAAAUAUUGUGAAGCUUCAUGGAUUUUGCCUACACAAGCAAUGCAUGUUUUUGAUUUAUGAAUACAUGGAAAGAGGAAGCUUGUUUUGUGUUCUAAGCAAUGAUGCUGAAGCUGUGGAAUUGGAUUGGAUUAAAAGAGUUAAUGUCAUCAAAUGUGUAGCACAUGCUCUAGCUUAUUUGCAUCAUGGUUGCUCACCACCAAUUGUUCAUCGAGAUAUAUCAAGCAACAAUGUUCUCUUGGACUCAAAUUUGGAGGCUGUCGUUUCUGACUUUGGAAAUGCUAGACUCUUGGAUCCUGAUUCAUCAAAUCAGAGCAUACUUGCAGGCACUUAUGGCUACAUAGCUCCAGAGUUUGCAUAUACAAUUGUUGUAAGUGAAAAAUGUGAUGUUUAUAGCUUUGGUGUACUGGCAUUGGAAACACUAAUGGGAAAGCAUCCUGGGGAGCUCUUAACAUCACUUUCAUCAGCUUCUUUCCAAAACAUGAUGCUUAGUGAUAUAUCGGAUCCUCGUCUAUCACCUCCAACAAAUAAAAGAAUCAACCUCGAUAUUAUUCUUGCUUCUAGUCUUGCUUUUGCAUGCUUAAGUCUCAACCCAAAGUCCCGGCCAACAAUGAAAAUUGUGUCUCAAGAGUUUCUUGUUCACCGAAGACCGUUACCCUCGAAGCUCAUCCGAGUAGUCUCGUUGUCAGAACUUCUGAACUAUAAAAUGUACGUGGAAAAUUAAAGAGAAAAUCAGUUCAAACUAUUUUUUUAUGCCAAUCCAGCCAAGUGUCUUAUUGUUUCAUUAGAAUUUAGAUUUCAUUUACAAUUUCUGAUCUUUUAUCUGUCCUUUGCUUCCUCCCUGGUUUUCACGUUAAAGGUUGGUCCCAGUGGACAUGAAUUAUCAAUGUGAUUGGUGUUGUAUGCCAAAUUUAUCCACAUUUUUACUCCAAAGGACGAAGAAAAGUCAUAAGAAACAAUGAAUUAGAUGUUAUGGAGUAAUCAUUGAAUAUUCUAAAGUUCUGGUAUUUGCAGUAAGC